AUGUGUGCUCGUCAUUUCAAGGGAAGCAACUCGACCACAUCGUCUGCUUGUCGUCAAGGUUCUUGUACCACGCGAGGAAAGAAAGGAGCUUUAUGUCAUCUACCAUCAUUUACCAUCAUCUACCAACAUCUACCAUCAUUUACCAUCAUCUACCAACAUCUACCAUCAUCUACCAACAUCUACCAUAAUCUACCAACAUCUACCAUCAUCUACCAACAUCUACCAUCAUUUACCAACAUCUACCAUCAUUUACCAUCAUCUACCAACAUCUACCACCAUUUACCAACAUCUACCAUCAUUUACCAUCAUCUACCAACAUCUACCAUCAUUUACCAACAUCUACCAUCAUUUACCAUCAUCUACCAACAUCUACCAUCAUCUACCAACAUCUACCAUCAUCUACCAACAUCUACCAUCAUUUACCAACAUCUACCAUCAUUUACCAACAUCUACCAACAUCUACCAUCAUCUACCAUCAUCUACCAACAUCUACCAUCAUCUAUCAACAUCUACCAUCAUCUACCAACAUCUACCAUCAUCUACCAACAUCUACCAUCAUUUACCAUCAUCUACCAACAUAUACCAUCAUCUACCAUCAUCUACCAACAUCUACCAUCAUUUACCAUCAUCUCCCGUACGUAUUGCGAGGAGAAAAAAACAACCUUUUAUACUUUGGAUUCGAACCUGCGACACACACAUUGA